AUAAUCUCGUAAUACAUUAAAAUGUUAUAAAAAAACAUAAUUGAAGUCACUAUGAACGUUCCUUCAAAAUAUCAUCAUCAUUUUACUGCCCCCCACGCUGAAGUAAUAAACCAAACAAGUGAGAAACAUAAUGGAGUUACUGUUACAUUUUCACAAGUUAAUUCCAAUUCUAGUAAAAUUUUGAUUAAAGGCCACAAGGAUUAUGUUGUAGAAAUCAACAAUAAAAUCGAUAAUAUUAUUAUUGACUUGCGGCGUAGCAGUGGUGCAGUAGGUACAGUAGGUGCGACGCACCGAGGCCUUCGUGAUUUGGGAGCCUCAAUUCAAAAUAAAACUGAUAUGAACAAAAAUAGAAGCUUGCGUUAACUACAACCAAUUAUUUGUUUUGAUUUUUGGUAGAAAUAAAUAAUGAAAACAUUUUUUUUUUUCAAAAUCUCAUCAACGUCUUUUAUUGUUAGAUUAGUCAAAAUAAUUAAACUAAUAAAUUGAAAUGUAAUUAUAAUGAAAUAAAAUAUAUUA